CUGUUAUGAUCAUAUGAAAUCACGGUCAGUGAGAACCUUACGACUUAAUACGAGGUCAAGGAGUUCUCUUCCAGGUAUAAAUAGAGGUGCUGUUACCACAGAAUUUGACUCGGUUCAUCAAGCACCUCACUCCCUAGUUCAUACUUCCAAUUCCUCAGAUCAAACAACACCAUGAAGUUCUCCGCGCUUGCAGCCGCUCUCGUCUCCCUCAGCUUCGGGGCUGACCUAGCUGCCGCUAAAUGUGAUGGUGGCUGCUACCUCAGGGUCUGCGACCAGAGAAACCUCAAGGGGAAUUGCAAUAGCUCGUGCUACGAUUCCCAAAAGAUUGGCAAGGUGGUCCAAAUUAAUGGAGAUGGGCUUAAAGGAGUCAUCGUUUCCGCAAAGAGCAGCAACGGUUGUGGAUGUACCUUGGGCUACCUGAGCGGGAGUUCUUGCCAAUUUGUCGGUUCCGGUUCCAAGGGCACCAACCUCGCAACCCAGUGUCUUAAGGGCGUCAACCAGGUACAAUGCAACAGGGAGUAAGGUCUUGGCCCAAGUUGGCCAGCUUCAUCCCUCGGGGAGGCUUGGGGCUCUGAAAUGGUCGUUGCAGGGGAUCGCAAGAACACACCGGGGUCCAUCUUGG